UUUAAAAUGAGCGAACUUGAUGAGCUCUCAAGAGAGUUCCUCCUAACCUCCAAAAAUACAGAAAAUGGACUAAAAGACUCUCAAAAUGCUGAGAAUGAAGGGAAUGUCUCUGCUAAUACUCUGAUGAAUAAAACGAAUACUUUGAAGUAUUCAUCAAGUACUGUUAAUGUGACCGGGAAUUCGCAUCUUAAAAAUGAGAACUCUUGACCAAAUAUUCAUGAGAGCAGCCAAGAUGUGUCUCAAGAUAUGAGCAUCAGUAGGAGCAUGUCCAACCUCUUUAAAGUUUCUAAGAUAAAGACCAAUAAUGAUGACAAUAGUAAGAUAAUCCUGAAUGAUAUGACAGAUGAUCAUAUUGAUUUCUCUGAUGAUUCAGAUGAUUCAAUAAUUGUGAGUGGUUUCAAAGACAAAAACUCAUCCUUUAACAGAAUCAAUAUAAUGACAAUGGACCAGUCAUUUAAAAGGUCUGAUACGAGUUCUAGCCUUAACCAGACUGCCAAGUCUUCAGGUACGAAGGGACUCAAGCAGGAAGAGAGGAAGAAAGAAGCUCCAAAAUUUGAGACCUCUUGCUACCCUGCUGAGGAAUCUGAAAUUUCUGUGAAAAAUGAUAUCUCAGGAUACAGCAGCAGGACUAAAUCAAAUGUCUUUUCAAAGGACGAGAGCAGUUUUCUCUGAAUCUCUGACGACAUGAUCACUAUUGAGGAGACUUAUAAAGAAGCUGAAGGAAAGAUGACUCCAAAACUAGCUACUCCAGCUCCUUUGCCCCAGACAUACAAGAUAAACCACAUGGAGAUGAACGUGAUUGAGGAACAAGAUGACGAGGAAGAGAAGAGUUGUGGUUCUUCUAUUAGAGUCUCUAAUAAUUUAAGCGGGUAUCACUCAAAUGACCCAUACUCCUAUAAUUCAAAUAUUUCAAAAGAAAAUAAAAAGCAACGGGAAAGUUUUGAGACUUUUGGCCAAAAGAGCCUUGCUGGUGCUAUUCAUGCACUUAAAAGUGAAUCGAGGGAGUCUAGGAUCGAUGAAGAAGUUGAGCAUAGCCAUGGGCAUGAUGAUAGGACCGGUCCUACCAUCGCUCCCACUUUCGACACAGUUGAAGAGAAUAAGAGUCAGAAUACUGAGGAAGCUCAGAAGAAGCAUCUUGAGACUGAUGAUAGCACUGAUAUCUCUGCCCAGAUCACUAAGAGGACUAAUAAACUAAUUGGUUCUGAACAGAAGGAGGAAGGGAGGCACAGUAGUCUCUCCAUCAAUGGCCUGAAUAUGGACAGUAUUUCUAAGUUUCCAGGAGAUGGCACUUUAACGAAGGAGAGCCAGAACAGUGAAAGAAGCUCAUUCACGAAAUCUAAUAAGGUUGAGUCUCUCAGGAAGAGCAAAGAGGGUUACAGAGAGUCUAGAAUUGUCAUCCAGGAGUAUAUUAAUGAAAUCCAACAAGAGAAUCGAAUUCGGACCAUUUCAAGUAGGAAAUCAGAUACCUCUGAGUCCAUUUCGGAGAAUUGCAAAGGAGAAAUGGACAUGGAAUCCCAAUUCCAAGGUUCUUUAAGACAAGAACUGAAACAAACAGUAAAGGAUAUUAUGCCUGAGAGCAACAACGAACUUGCUAUUUCAUCAAUCUUAGAGCAUUCUGGGAAUAAUAAUGAGACUGAUAUUCUAGAAUACUGCACUCCUAAUUAUGCAACUAACACGAGCAAAUUGUUCUCUACAAAAGAGAGAGAUUUCCUCCCACCUCCACUGAGUUCAGCAAAGGGGAGUAGUGAGGAAAAGAUGUAUAUUGAUAGGAGGAAUAUGGAAUCUUUUAGUCUUGGCCCUGGCAGAUCUCCAACCAGCAAACUCAACUCUAGACAAGCAUCCCAGAAAUUAGUAGAAGAACUACGCUCUUUGGAGGAAGAAAAUGAUGAAAGCUCAAUAAAUUGUCCCCAGAAGGAGUUAACAGAAAAAGAUUUAAUGAGUGAUAAUGAUUAUGAGUCUGAAAAUUUCCGUUCUUCUGAGCAUGAGGUGGUUCAGGACAAACAAAGCAUAAUGGAGAACACUGAUUUAGUCAACCUGACAGGCGAACAUUCUCAUUCAGGUCAUAUGAGAAAGCUUUACACACAAAUGCAGGCUGAAAAAGAAGCGGUCCAGGCUCGGUUAGACAUCGAGCAUGAAAGAAGGAUUAAUUUAGAGCAGGAAGUGCAGGAUCUCAAGACUCUCAUAGAAAGAAAAGUUGAAGAUGAAGCAGAGAUUUCUUGCCAACUAUCUUCAACAAAGAGCAAGCUUGUUACUCUCUCAACCAAGUUCUCUCAGAAGGAGUCACAGCUGACAACUCAGAUCCAGUCUUUGCAGAAGGACUACACUGAGCAAUUGGAUGAGAGGGACUCGAGGAUAGAGUUUCUCCAGCAAAGAGUCUCAAAGACCAUUGAAGACCUCCAGAAAGAAAUCGAUCAGCGAGAAGAGAUCAUCCAGCAAAGAGUUUCUGUUGUGAAGAAGCAGAGGGAAGAUGACUUAAGAACUUUUAUUGAAAGCAAAGAGGACAUUGAGAGGAAGGUCCAACAAGAGAGAGACCAAUACAUUAAAAAGUAUAAGGAGAGGGUGCAAAUGGAUUUGGAGUUCAAAGCCUUCCAAAAUUAUGGUAUUAAAGAAGUUGAGCUUGAUGAAGCUACUUUGAGAUUUGAGAGGGAGAAAGAAGAGUACAUGAAACAGAAAGAAGAGGAAAUGGAGCAAAAACUAGCAUUUUUACAAGACAAACUUACUAAACAGUAUGAGAUCAAGAAACUAGAGAAUGUAAAAUCAAUUCAUAAAGAAGUUCAAGAUAAUUUUAACAAGCAGUUGAAACUUGAAAAACAGCGUUUAGCUAGAGACUACAAAGGACAGAUAUCCGAACAGAAACUGAAGAAUAAGAAGCUUGAGGAGGAAGUUAAGAAGCUUAAAGGCAAAUUUGUCAAAAAGCAUAAGCAAAAUUUGAAUAACACAGUAGGUAGCAGCAAAUAUGUUAAAUAAGGAAUUAG